CGCCUGUCGGCGGCAGCUCUCAACUCUCUCAGGCCCCCAUGCAGGCCCCGCCCCGGACCGGCUCGCGCAGAAUCUCGCGAGGUUUGAGUCCGCAGGACCGGACUGGGCGGCUGCAAUAUGGCGGAGGCGGAAGGGGAGAGCCUGGAGUCCUGGCUGAAUAAAGCUACCAAUCCUUCUAACCGCCAGGAAGACUGGGAAUAUAUCAUUGGCUUCUGUGAUCAGAUCAACAAAGAGCUUGAAGGGCCCCAGAUCGCUGUCCGACUCCUGGCUCACAAGAUCCAGUCUCCACAGGAAUGGGAGGCAGUGCAGGCCCUCACGGUGCUAGAGGCAUGUAUGAAGAACUGUGGGAGGAGAUUUCAUAACGAAGUGGGGAAGUUCCGGUUUUUGAAUGAAUUAAUCAAAGUCGUCUCUCCAAAGUACUUGGGAGACAGGGUGUCUGAGAAGGUGAAGACCAAGGUCAUCGAGCUGCUCUUUAGCUGGACGCUGGCCUUGCCGGAGGAAGCCAAGAUCAGAGAUGCCUACCAUAUGUUGAAGAGACAAGGCAUAGUGCAGUCGGACCCCCCCAUCCCCAUGGACAGAACGCUCAUCCCCUCUCCCCCACCACGUCCCAGAAACCCUGUUUUUGAUGAUGAGGAGAAGUCCAAGCUUUUAGCCAAGCUGCUGAAAAGCAAGAACCCAGAUGAUCUGCAGGAAGCUAACAAACUCAUCAAGUCCAUGGUGAAGGAAGAUGAGGCUCGAAUCCAGAAGGUGACCAAGCGCCUGCACACGUUGGAGGAAGUUAACAACAAUGUCAAGCUGCUCCAUGAGAUGCUCCUUCACUACAGCCAAGAGUACUCGUCGGAGGCUGACAAAGAGCUCAUGAAGGAGCUGUUUGAUCGUUGUGAGAACAAGAGACGGACGUUAUUUAAAUUAGCCAGUGAGACAGAAGACAAUGACAACAGUUUGGGGGACAUCCUGCAGGCCAGUGACAACCUCUCCAGGGUCAUCAGCUCUUACAAAACCAUUAUUGAAGGGCAGAUCAUCAAUGGUGAGGUGACCACCUCAACCAUGCCUGACUCUGAAGGAAAUGACCACUGCAGUAACCAAGGCACCCUCAUCGACCUUGCUGAGUUGGACACCCCCUGCAGCUCAUCCCCAGUGUUGGCCCCAGCGCCUGCCCCAGCCACUUCAGGCAUCCCUAUCCUCCCUCCACCCCCCCAGACCUCUGGGCCUCCACGAAGCCGGUCAUCCAGCCAGGCCGAGGCUCCCCCAGGGCCUGAGAGCACGAGCAAUGCCCUCUCCUUGCUAGAUGAGGAGCUGCUCUGCUUGGGCCUUACUGACCCAGCCCCCACUGCUUCCAGAGAGUCAGCUGGAAAUAGUCAGUGGCACCUGUUUCAGAAUGAACCAUCAUCAGACCUGGACUUCUUCAACCCCAGGCCAGUGUCUGCGGCCUGCUGCCCCUCAGAUGGAUCUCUGCUCCCUCCCCCAGUGUCUACCUCAAGUACGUCCCAAGCUCCACUGCCUGCUCCCUUCCCAGCUCCUGUGGUCCCAGCCAGUGCACCAGCCCCCAGCACUGGUUCCUUCAUGUUCUCUUCUGGACCUGCCCCAGCCUCGGUUCCAAAGGCUGAUCCCACAGCCCCAGAGUGCCACAGCUCAGCACUGGGUGACAGCAGCUCGCACCGCCUAGAUGCCCUUGAUCAGCUUCUGGAAGAGGCCAAAGUGACCUCAGGCUUGGUGAAAUCUGUUUCUUGUUUCUCCCCUGGGGCCACCUCUACCUCCCCACUGCUUCCCACCUCUACCCCAGCCAGGCCUCUCCUGCCCUUCUCAACGGGGCCUGGAAGCCCUCUCCUCCAAUCACCAGCCUUCCAGUCCCAAGGCAGUCCUCUGAGGGGCCCAGAGCUCUCCCUGGCCAAUGUCCAUGUGCCCUUGGAAUCAAUCAAGCCUAGCAGUGCCCUUCCGGUGACAGCCUAUGAUAAAAACGGCUUCCGCAUCCUUUUCCACUUUGCUAAGGAGUGUCCCCCAGGACGGCCCGAUGUGCUGGUGGUGGUAGUGUCCAUGCUGAAUACAGCUCCCUUGCCAGUCAAGAGCAUUGUGCUGCAGGCCGCAGUGCCCAAGUCAAUGAAAGUGAAGUUGCAGCCACCCUCUGGGACAGAACUUUCUCCAUUUAGUCCCAUCCAGCCACCUGCAGCCAUUACCCAGGUCAUGCUACUGGCCAAUCCAAUGAAGGAGAAGGUGCGUCUUCGGUAUAAGCUGAGCUUUGCUCUAGGGGAGCAGCUGAGCACAGAACUGGGUGAAGUGGACCAGUUUCCUCCUGUGGAGCAGUGGGGGAACCUAUGACCCCAGCAAGUGCUGUCACCUCUCCUUGGAAGGCAGGCAACCUGAGACAGGCUCUGUCUAGUCCAGCCACUGUACACCCUGACAGUGUUUCUAGUUUGGUGUAGACCAAGGCCCUGGACAUUUAUCAGGUGGCAAGCCACUGCUGUGAUCAUCUCUUCUUGGGCCCCUAAAAGGACCAGUUUUAUCUGCCUGUGUGACUUGAAGUGGCCGUACUGUGUGGGUAGGGAGGCUGGUGGCUUCACUGGCUGCCCUGGGAUGGUGGACUCUGGGCCUGGAGUGGGUUUUCACUUUUUUUACUGGUAUCCCUUGAUACCAGGGAGAGGGCUCCGAAGAGCGCCUUUCCAACCCCUUCAAGAACUGCAUCUUUACAUCCUGAAGAGGCAUGGCAUGGGAGACUAUACCUCCCACUGGUGUUCCAUGCUGCUUGGCUAGCAGGCACUCCUGCUGCCUGAACCAAAGUGGGCAGCAGUGGUCCAGAGUGAGAAUCUGGAAUAUACUAUAGAGUCUUCACUCCGUUUUCUGCAGGCAGCAGCAUCCUGAAGUGGCUAUUGAGUGAGUGACGUGCUUUUCCUGACAGUGGCAGGUUGUGUCCUAUGGACAUCUCAGCAGGACAGGGAACACGGCUUAAUAGCCUCAACUAGGGAUAGGAAGGGAAAUGGAAGAGUGCCCAAUGUUUCCCUUCAGAAGCAGGUACUGUGGCUUUCUGGGAAAAGCAUAUCUCCUGCAGUGGGAAUAGGCCAUCCUACUCACUACCUCUUGCUUGGCAUGAAAUAAACUGCUGUGUUUCCCUUAAGCCUUUAAGGGAAGACACCUCCUGCCACUCUGCAUCCUCCUGCUUUGGUGACUCCCUCUCCCCGCCACAUGGAAUGUAGUGUGGCACAUGUGGUUGGACCCAGGAAGUCUCAGGGUCACACACAUUGCACUAGACUUUGUCCUUUUGUGCUGCACCAAAACACCCCCUUUUCCCCAGCUCCAGAGGGUGCUGUCAGCGACAUGUUGGGUCUGGAAGUGAUGAGAUGAGGGGCCAUGCUUGAACUGAAUUACCAGACCCUAUUGCUUCCACAGUGCUCGGCCUCACCUCAGCUAGCAUGACCCAGCUGCUCCAGGCCAGAGACUUCAAGCUUCGAGACAACAGGGGGCUCAGCUGUCUGUUCCUUGGGAGAAGGAGGGUGACACAACUGUACCCCUGGUCCCCUACACCUGGGAGCAUCUUUACUCUGUGUCUAGAGGUCAUCUGACCUACCUCCCCACCACUGUCCUUAGCUAGCAGGUUUUACAGUUUCCUUACAACAGGUCAAAAGAAUCAUUUUCCCCAGUAAUGGAAUAAAUCCAGGAGCUUUCCAGAGACUGGUUUACUCCAGCCCUGGAAUAUCUAUGGGAUUACUAUGUGGAGACAUACUUUUAUAAACCUUCAAAUAUUUAAAUUAUGAGUGUUGCUCACUAACACAGAGGUCACUCUUCGUGGUCAACAACUGUACUGGAUGAUGUGCCACCUUCUGCCCUUGUUUUGCUGCAUGUGAAAUAAAACCAUUUUCACCCA